AUGCCGGUCUCCACGCGCUCGCAGGCCAGCGCCAUCAAGGGCGGCGACCCGGGCGCGCGCCAGUGGAGCUCGUCGGCGGCGCGGGUGCCAAUGUCGGCCCCGGGCCGCGACGCCGCGGGGCGCCGGGCGUCGCUCCUCCCCAACACGCACCACGGGCUCAAGGAGAAGAUGCGCGCGCUCAACCUCUUCUACGAGCAGCACAAGCAGAUGCUCGCCUCCUCGCAGGGCGGCGCCGCCAUGCGCCGCAGCCGCACCAUCCCGCACGCCAACGUCGGGGAGGACAGGGACGAGAACGCUGGGGAGGAGGAGGAGGAGGGGGAGGGGGCCAGGCGUCACCGCGACGCCUUUGCUCCGCUCCCCGAGGCGGCGGUCCUCAGGGACAGGGAGAACAACAUGGGGCCUCCGGAGGCGAGGGCCCCUUCCAAGAACGACAAGGUCGUCGUCUUCUCGCGGCCGCCGGAGCCCAAGGAGAAGGAGAACGUGGCCCUCGCCGCCAACGUCAUGUCCUGCCCCGUCAAGAAGGCGGCGCCGGCUCUCCCCGCGCUGCAGGCCAGGAAGCUCUCACUCGGAGGAGGCAUCGGCGGCAAGCUCAAGGCUGUAGGGGAGAUGGGAGCUGCCAAUGCUGACGCAACAGGGAGCCGGAUCAUGGUCUUCGUCAGGCUGCGGCCCAUGUCCAGGAAGGAGAAGGAGGCCGGGUCCAAGACCUGCGUCAAGAUCGUCAACAAGAAGGACGUGUACCUCACGGAGUUGGCCUCAGAGAACGACUACCUCCGCCUGAAGCGCGUGCGAGGUCGCCAUUUCUGCUUCGACGCUUCCUUCCCCGACUCCACGGCGCAGGCCGAAGUCUAUAGCACCUCAACAGCAGAUCUUGUGGAAGGUGUUUUGCAAGGGAGGAAUGGGACCGUGUUUUGCUAUGGAGCAACAGGGGCUGGGAAGACCUACACAAUGCUCGGGACCAUGGAUAACCCUGGCGUAAUGGUGCUCGCAAUCAAGGAUUUGUUCUUGAAGGUGAGGCAGAGGAGCUAUGAUGGCAACCACUCGAUUCAGCUGUCGUACCUCGAGGUCUACAAUGAGACAGUGAGGGACUUGCUAUCUCCUGGUAGACCCCUCCUUCUGAGAGAAGACAAGCAGCAGGGAACUGUUGCUGCUGGUCUUACACAAUAUAGAGCAUACUCUACAGAUGAAGUUAUGAAAUUACUUCAGCAAGGCAACCAGAAUAGAACAACUGAACCAACUCGAGUUAAUGAGACCUCAUCGCGCUCCCAUGCAAUACUACAGGUUGUCGUGGAAUAUAGAUACAUGGAUGGAACUAGUGUUGUAACACGAGUUGGAAAGCUCUCACUCAUUGAUCUUGCUGGAUCAGAGAGGGCUAUAGCAACUGACCAACGCUCACAGAGGUCGCUGGAAGGAGCGAACAUAAAUCGGUCUCUCCUCGCACUCAGCAGUUGCAUCAAUGCUCUUGUGGAGGGGAAGAGGCAUGUGCCAUAUCGCAAUUCCAAGCUGACCCAGCUCCUCAAGGAUUCACUUGGGGGAUCCUGCAACACUGUCAUGAUUGCAAACAUCAGCCCUUCGAAUCUUUCCUUUGGUGAGACACAGAACACUCUUCAUUGGGCUGAUCGCGCCAAGGAGAUAAAAACAAAGCCAUUGACCGCUGGGAAUGAGGAAGUUUUCAAGGCGCCAGAUUCUGAUACUGAUCAGGCCAAGCUAGUACUGGAGCUUCAGAAGGAGAACAGUGAGCUGAGGCAGCAGGUGGUGAAGCAGCAACAGAAGCUGCUGACUGUUCAGGCUCAGUCACUUGCUCCCAACGGCUUGCCACAACAAUGUGCUGCCCCCUCACCUCACAUUACCACCACGCCAUGCUCAACGCAAAGAAAGGUGAAGCGGUCUAUUCUAGACGGGAGCUGUUUCAGCACACCAAAUUCUAAGAGGCCAGCAGACAAUGCAAUGGUCCGGGAUCUGCAGAGGAAAGUGAAGACCCUGGAGUCCGAGAUCGAGAAGAUGAAGAAGGAACACUUUCUGCAGCUCAAGCAGAGGGACGAGUUCAUCCGCGGUUUGAUCAACAGGAAGAACUCAAAUGACCCUGAACCAGCAACAGCUGAGAGAAGAGUGAUCACAAGGGCAAGCCUACGUAAGGCCGAGAAAGAUGCAGGUGAGCUGAAGAGCCCGAGCCACCGGUUCACGUCACCUGUGCCUACGGCUAAGAAGCGUACCUUCUGGGACUUUGGAGGCGAAAGCCCUUCAGUUCUUGCUGGAAAUGGGCGGAAGACUCGGAGCCAUGUAGCUGCUGAAACUCCAAUCAGGGUCCCUUCAAUGCUACUUCAGCGGGAUUCACACGCCAAAGAGCCUAGCAGCACUGGACCUGGACCCUCAGGAGACGAAUGA